AUGUUGGACCUCUCUGACUUUGUUACCGAGCGCGGUGGUGACCUCAAGAAGCUCAAGGAGAGCCAGAGGAAGCGCUUUGCCCCAGAGGAGACCAUUGAUGAAGUGGUUGCGCUCUAUGAAGAGGCCCGCCGUGCACGAUAUGAUGUGUCGCAGAUGAACACUCAGAUCAAUGGAGUCCAGAAGGCCAUUGGAAUGAAGAAGAAGAACAAGGAGGACGCCACCGCGGAGCUCGCACAAAAGGCCGAGCUUGAGGCGAAGAAGAAGGCUCUGGAGGAGGCUGCUGUCGCCAAGGAAGUCCAGCGCGACCGAAAGAUUCGCACGAUUGGAAACUACGUCCACGAAUCAGUCCCCGUUAGCAACGAUGAGGCAGACAACCAGCUCAUCAAGUCAUGGACUCCCGAGAACGCCGAAAUGAAGAAGCCCAACUGCCUCUCCCACCACGAGGUGUUGACUCGUCUCGAUGGAUACGACCCUGAGCGCGGUGUCAAGAUUGUUGGUCACCGUGGAUACUGCUUGACUGGUUAUGGACUCUUCCUCAACCUGGCUCUUGUCAACUACGGUCUGGAGUUCCUCUUCAACAAGGGUUACACGCCCAAUCAGCCCCCUCAAUUCAUGCUCAAGGAUCUUAUGGCCAAGACCGCGCAAUUGGAGCAAUUCGACGAGGAACUGUACAAGGUCACUGAGAGCGAGGACAGGUCGACUGACAAGUACCUCAUUGCUACCUCCGAACAACCAUUGUCUGCUCUGCACGACAGCGAGUGGCUCCAGGACAAGGACCUUCCCAUCAAGUAUGCCGGUUACAGCACCUGCUACCGUAAGGAGGCCGGAUCCCACGGAAAGGAUGCCUGGGGUAUCUUCCGUGUUCACCAGUUCGAGAAGAUCGAGCAAUUCGUCCUUACAAAGCCCGAGGACUCAUGGCAAGCCUUUGAGGACAUGAUCAGCACAUCGGAAGAAUUCUACCAGUCCCUAAAACUCCCCUACAACAUCGUCGCCAUUGUUUCCGGUGCUUUGAACAACGCCGCUUCCAAGAAGUACGAUCUGGAGGCCUGGUUCCCCUUCCAGCAGGAGUACAAGGAGCUUGUCUCUUGCUCCAACUGCACCGACUACCAAUCUCGUGCUCUUGAGAUUCGGUACGGUAUCAAGAAGGCCACCGAUCUGAAGAAGACCUAUGUCCACGCCUUGAACUCCACUCUCUGCGCAACUGAGCGUACUCUCUGCUGUAUUUUGGAGAACUACCAGACGGAGGAGGGUAUUGUGGUUCCUGAGGUUCUGCGCAAGUACAUUCCCGGUAACCCCGAGUUCCUUCCUUACACUAAGGAGCUUCCUAAAGAUAGCACAUCCACCAAGUCUAAGGGGAAGGCUACCAAGGGCACCGAUGAUGCGGCCAAGAAGAUGCAGGGUCUUAAGGUUUAG